AAACAAGACAAACAACAAGAGAAACAACAACAAGACAAGAACAAUAAUUGUGAGAGAAAUAGUAACAAGACAAGAAUGGCAAUUGUAAAAGAAACAAGGAUAUUAGAUUAUUCUGAAGACCAUACUGAAGACUAUAUUGAAGAUUAUGUUAAAGACUAUACUGAAGACCAUAUCUAUAUCUUUAAUAAUGAAAAUAUUCAAAAUAUAACUAUUACAUCUUCUUCAAAAAAAAGAAUUUCUGAAAUUUAUCAACAUAAUAUUUUUGAAAUUAAUGAAAG